CCGUCACACUGUUAACAUCCACAAUGGCGAAUACAUCAAGUACCGGCGUUGUGGUGCCACGAAAUUUCCGCUUACUGGAGGAGCUGGAUCAGGGCCAGAAGGGUGUAGGCGAUGGCACCAUCUCGUGGGGUCUGGAGAACGACGAUGAUAUGACGCUCACCUACUGGAUCGGCAUGAUCAUUGGUCCGCCUAGAACCCCAUUUGAGAAUCGAAUGUAUUCACUAAAGAUUGAGUGCAACGAACGCUAUCCGGAUGAGCCGCCCACGGUAUUGAGUUGGUAG